AUGGCUUCCGGCGGCGGUUCUCUGCACAGGUCCCUGUUCGUCGCCGCAGCGCCGUCGCUCCGAAUGCUGCGAGCUCGUCUCUCGUAUCGGGGGGCUCAAUCUCUCGAACAAGCGAGUGCAGAGCCUGAUGGAGGUAUCUUCUCUCCGGCCCUAUUUUCAUGACCGUGUUAUUAUAGGAACGACGAUCGACUGUGAUUCGGAAAGGGGGAGGAGGGGAGGAAUCACGAGGAUGUCUAGGGUUUUUGUGCCCCUGCUUUGGUUUUUUUCUGUGUUUUUUGGUUGAUGCGGACGGAUGGUGGCGGCUGAGGUCUGUGAGCGGAGAACGGCGUCCUUUUAGGGUUUCUGCCAUUCCGACAUCUCUGGAUUCAUACAUUGUCUCCGUCUGUUUUCUUCUCCUUCAUUAAUAUUUUGAGACUCUUUAGGUCAAAUCGGAGGCCAAGUUUUACGAAAAUGAUCGUAGAACAGUUAUUCGGAAGACGAAUUCUCGUGGUAAUAUUCUUCGGGUUGCUUCUGCCUCUAGAUGAUUCAUUUCUACUGAGGUACUCAUUGUAUCCCAUUGAUUCGUGCCAGAAUCUGUCUGGGGCAGGAUAGAGUGUGUAAAGUUUUACUACCUUGUGAAUCCAUGGUGCCACCCGCUGUCAUAAAGAAGAGGGUCUAGGGUUUGGUUUCAUCCCAUUCCAACCGCAGUUCGCUGCCUCAGAUUGAACAAGGGACAAGGAAUUGAAGGAAGAAGGUGAAAAUGGGAAGAGGGGAAGUGGAUGUAGGAGACGAUCAUCUUCUUCCCUGUUUUUGCUCCUGAUGAUGAUGAUGAUGAUGAUGAUGAUGACGAUGAUGAUGAUGAUGAUGAUAACCUUCUUCCACAUCCAUCUCGUUGACUCAUCAUAAGGAAUCCGAGACUAUGGUUCUGCAGGCUUCAAUGUGGACAUCAUGUUCUCCCCUCUCACUGCAUAUAUGAUAACCUUUCUUUCUCUUGCUGGUUUCAGGGCUCUCUUGGCUCUUUAGGAUGCUGACUGCUACAAGAGGAAUUCAGACAAAUGCAGAAUCUAGCAGUGUAGCAGAAGAAGAUCCUGCAAAACCCAAACCUCAAUUCAGCAGUUCUAACUCGGCAGAGAUGUCCCUCCAACCCUGCCCAGAUGGUGGAGAGCCAACCGGCAUGAAGUACUCCGCCAUAUCCAGCCUGAAGACCUCCAGCAGGCAUGACUUCGCCAUGAUCUUCACCUGCAAGGUCUGUGAAACGAGAUCGGUGAAGACUGCAUGCCGCGAAUCAUAUGAGAAGGGGAUUGUGGUGGCCCGCUGUGAAGGAUGCAAUAAUCUCCACCUGAUUGCCGAUCGGCUUGGGUGGUUUGGCACACCGGGGAGUGUUGAGGAGUUCUUGGCAGCACGAGGUGAGGAGGUGAAGAAAGGAUCUGUGGACACACUCAAUCUCACCCUGGAAGACCUUGCAGGCGCAAAAUCUUCCUGA